GCCCUGCCCAGAGGAUGGCUGCGGCUGUAAUCACAUAAAGCCUGGGGCUGGCCCUCUCCAUCGUCACUCUGCACAGACUUCACCGCUGAGCACUCCACUGACAGGCAGUGGGAAAGACUUAAGACGAAAUGUCGGACCGCUAUGACUGCCAUGAGUGCAAGGAGUCCCUGUAUGGGCGGAAGUACGUUCUCAGAGAAGACAGCCCCUACUGUGUGAAAUGCUACGAGAGCCUCUUCUCCAACACCUGCGAGGAAUGCAAGAAGUUCAUUGGCUGCAGUAGCAAGGAUCUGUCUUACAAGGAACGCCACUGGCAUGAUGAGUGUUUCCACUGCUUCAAAUGCAGCCGUUCCCUGGUGGACAAGCCCUUCUCCACCAAGGACGAGCAGCUGCUGUGCACCGAUUGCUACUCCAACGAGUACUCCUCCAAGUGCCAUGAGUGUAAGAAGACCAUCAUGCCAGGCUCUAGGAAGAUGGAGCACAAGGGCAACAGCUGGCAUGAGGCCUGUUUCACAUGCCAGCGCUGCCAGCAACCCAUUGGAACCAGGAGUUUCAUCCACAAGGACAGCAGCAACUACUGCUUGCCAUGCUACGAGAAGCAGUUUGCUAUGCAGUGCAUCCACUGCAAGAAGCCAAUCACCACCGGCGGGGUGACCUACCGUGACCAACCCUGGCACAAGGAUUGUUUCCUCUGCACUGGGUGCAAGCAGCAGCUGUCUGGUCAACGGUUCACCUCCCGUGACGACUUUGCCUACUGCCUCAACUGUUUUUGCAACCUGUUUGCCAAGAAGUGUGCCUCCUGUACCACCCCGAUCAGUGGUCUGGGAGGGAGCAAGUACAUCUCGUUUGAAGAGCGCCAGUGGCACAACGACUGCUUCAACUGCAAGAAGUGCUCCGUGUCCCUGGUGGGGCGGGGCUUUCUGACGGCCCGCGACGACAUCCUGUGUCCUGAGUGCGUCAAAGAUGUCUGAGAGACGUGGAGCAGGAUGACCUUCGCUUCCACCAACGAGUACAGCGCUGCAGGUGUUACCAGCCAAAGAGCCGGAAAACAAUAAUCUCACUAACAUUUUAUGCCCUGAACCUCAUAUUUCUCUAACUCAGAUUAACCCAGUGUUCCCAUUUAAGGAGGAUUUGUAUACCGCUGGACUUGUUUGAUUGAAAUGAUCAUAAAGCUGAAUCAGGAGCUAUUCUAUGAAUCAAUUACAAUAUUUAUACUAUAUUAACCCUUUCCGCAAUAUAACGUUACUCUUUUGUUGAACACAUUUAUUCUAAUUUAACACUAACCAGAUAUAAUUUAUGUUAAAGAUGAGAAAUAUAAUGACAGAAGCUUAUGUGAUUCAAAAAAUAAAGACACUGUUAUGCCAUU